AUGGCAGCCAAAUCAGGAUUCAGUCUCCACGUCACGAUCUUUAUUGAUCCACUGAAUGUGGCAGAGUUUUUCAAGCAUUUCAAGCUCGCCUACGAAAACGUGAUUGCCGAGCCCGAAUGCACAUUCUUCGAGGUGUACCAGUCACCAGAGAAUCCAGGAGAACUCCGCUGGGUAGAAAACUGGUCUGCGUCGGUAAAAUGGUUCCAGGAGCACCAAAUGACGAAGGAGUAUUAUAAGCCCUAUUUUGAGGCUACAGAGCCGCUUUUUGUCAAGCCCCGUCAAUUUCAGAUCCACAAUCGCAUGGAGGGAUAUUUUUACGCGGCGUAG